UCGGUGCUCGGGGUCGCAUUUCGUCGUAGAGCUCGGGAUUCAGAGUAUGCUUUUGGCAGUGGAAGCGAGUGAUUGAGCUCCGGGCGAGGGGUGGUAGCUGCUACGUGCUUCGGCUAUGACAUUCAAUUUCGUUGGAAGAGUGUUAUGAACAGAGCUUUGGGCUUGCUGUGUCUUUCUGCUCGUUAAAUCUGUCCAGCUGAAUGAGAAUCGAAGCACUAGGGGUUUUAGCUGAAAGGAUCGUGGGUGUGGAAGCGGCAGCAAUUCAUGGCGUCGGUUGCUUCUUCGGGCAUUUCGAAUUUGAGUGUGGUCAAAAUUCGAUGAGUGGGAAGUGAAGAUCGACUGAAUUCACUAUACCUUCGGGUUUUGGAAUAAGUCUUCUGACAGACACUCGAAUUUCAUGGACGGAACAUUGUCGUCCGAUGUUGUGACAUUUAUGCACUUGGCGGUCGAAGAGAGUGAGGUUUCAGAGCAGUGGACAUCAGCGCUUCGACUUUAGCGUUCAUUUUAACUCAUUUCCGCACUUGUCCUUCAGGCGAAGAAGGCGCUAGCAAGACUCGAGGUGCCUGUGGGACCUUGGAUGAUGAUGACAUAGCGUGGGAUUGAAGUCGUAAUGAUUCCAAUGUAAUGCAAAACCCUCUGAAUUCGUCCAGGUGUGUGAUUGUCGAAAAUGGCAAGGUGAUCGGUUCCGGCAGCAACCGAGUGAAUGAAACUAGGAAUGCAACAAGGCAUGCGGAGAUGGAAGCUGUGGAUAUGAUCCUGGCUCCGUGGACACCUUCUGAGUGUCCAGAGGCGGGAUCCAUAAAGGAGCAACUGACGAAGAAAUUUGGUGAAUGUGAGCUUUACGUCACGUGUGAACCCUGCAUCAUGUGUGCAGCUGCGUUGGCCAUUUUGGGUAUCAAAAAAGUUUACUACGGCUGUGGCAAUGAUCGAUUCGGAGGUUGUGGUUCCAUACUUCCUCUGGACACUGAUGGCUGUGGUGGAUGUGGCAACAGCUCUUCCGGAGAGGAUGAUGGCGAUUCUGCAAAGAGAAGGGGCUUCGAGUGCGUAGGCGGAAUUCUAGCAGACGAAGGCAUUGCGUUAUUACGUGGAUUCUACGAGCAAGGCAAUCCCAACGCGCCCCGACCGCACCGGCCAGUUAGAGCACAGGAUUCAUCUUUAGCUGAUUAGGUCCUGCCCUGCCUGUUUGAAAAGCCCGCUCAAGAGCAGAAACAAUCUGAACAUUGUGUCAGAAAUGUCAAUAUUGCCGAUAUUUGUGCAAGCAAGAAGGAAACUCGCAGGCCAUGCCAAUGUACUCUGAUAUGUCAGGAAUCGGUAACUUUUGCGUGGGAUUUGCCACAAAACGAAGACAGUCCACCACGCACGCCUCGAUGAGUUGAUGAAUGUGUACAUUCGGGAACACUCAAGCUCUACUGUGUUGGAGGAAGGAAUGCGCAAAUCAUGUCCUGGACGAGGGGUGACCAGCAUUCUUGCUCAUGAAACAACCUGCUAGUCAACACGCUGGAAGAGAUGAAUUGGAUAACCUGAGAUAGGGUCAGUGAAUCAUCCCCCCAUUGUGACGAGUUUCUUCUUCUCGAACAUCUCGCAGGAUACUACAUAACCUUAGAAUCAGCCACAGAAAUUCGUGACUCCUUUGUAGAGAAAUUAGCGUUUUCAGCAGGAACAUAGUCACGUGCCACUGCUGCAAACAUCACGAACAACAAACCAAUCGAUCAUAAAUCAAC